AGUCUGUCGGAGCUCUGGCUGGAAACAACAUCUUCUCGAGAAACUGGUGGAAUGAUUGGCUCCAUUCAUUCCUCUCCUGGUUUCCUGGUAAAAAAAAAUGCAGUGAAAGGCGCUUCUGUUCAUUUCAACAUUUAGACGAGAGAUUCUAAGAUGUGACCACACUCUGUCCAAGAGCUCACCACUCCACUGCAGGUAAGUCUCACUAUUCUUGUAGUCUGCAUCUGUAUGACUUAUUAAAUAAACUGAGAUUAAUAUCAGGAAGCAGUUGCAAUCUUUUGAUUUAAUUUUACCUUGUCAUAUUUUGUUGAUGUGUCUUACUCCUCUUCUUAUCAGAGCUCCAAGCUAACUGUAAUUCUUUAACUUUUUACAGACAUGCAGUUUCUGCUCCUGUUUGCUCUUUUGAGUGGUAAGACCAUGAACCAUUACCAGCUUUGAACUUUGAUUUAUUUGAAUUUAGUGGCCACAGAUAUCCUAUUGAUUUAAAUACUCAGAGUAAAUCAGUGUGGUCACUGAAAACAAAUACGGUGUUGCCAUGAAUUUGCACUCCUUCAAAACAUUUUAAAUUUUACAUGCUGAACAUGAUUUUUUUCCCAUAUGUGCUGAUGAAAUAGAACAAUGGUGUCUCUUUUCUUUGCAGGGGUUUUUGCUGCUCCAUUUGUAAAGGAGGAGGAGGCGAAAAGAUUCAUCAGGCUGAAGAGGCAGUCAGGGUACUGGGAUCCGCACAAUUCUCAGAACAUGUGGGGCUACACCAUCCAGGAGCAGGUAAAAUACUGGCCUGUGCAAUGUGCAUACAGAUGAUGAUUCAGUAUGAAUGCUAUCUAUAGGCAGUGGUUGAAAACACUGAAAUGAGCCUUGUUUUUUCUUCAUUAGGCUAAUGAGUACUGGACAGCCAUUCGGACAGAUGCUCAGUACUACAUGGACAUGAGUCACCUGAUGUUUGACCGCUCUGUGGCUCUGUAAGUGAGACGAUUAAAGAAGCAUGUAUGACAUGUGUGAACACAUCUUACAGUGCCAUCACUGUCCUGUGUGCCAAGGUAGUUCCUAUGUGCAUUUUUCUUUCCACUUUACCAUUUUGUCCCCCGCACAUCAAUAAAAUUCAAAGUGUAUUAAUUUCCUGUUGAUUUUUAAAUUGAAAUGAAAGGAUUUGUAAAGUGGAUUACAUUUCUUUACUGCUGUAUUGAUGUUGACCUGAUUUUCUCUCUCUCUUUAUGUGUUUAAGGGAAAACAACAGGCUGUAUAUGGAGAUGCUGCGUAAUGCACGAGCACAUCUGGACAGCCAGACUGGUCGACAAAGAUAAAAACAUAAAAGGGGACACUCAGAGGAAGAGAGAUCACAUACUGUUCAAGCUCAGUGAAUCCAAAUUUACCAGGAAUAUAAACACAUUACAGCAACAACAACAACAAUUAGCUACUUUUGAGGAAAGACUAUACUUAUACGUUUUUAUGACUUAAACUGUAGUUAGCAAAUACUUAUCCCUGAAAUAACUACUAUCAAAACUGUUCAUAACAUAAUUAGUUUACCUUUCAGGGUUUUUAUAAAAUGCAACAAUCCACUAAUUUGGACAUUUUUGUCAGUUCAAAAAGUAAAACAUCCAAAGUAACAACCUCUAUAUCUAUGAUAAACAUUUGAGUAUAUGAAUAAUUUGAGAAUAAUCUAUGUACUAUAAGAAUCUUUCAAUAAAGAUUUUACACAAAGA